CACCGACCACAUCCCUGAAGCUGUUUUAACUUGUCUUUGUCCCCGAACAAAACUUUAUCCAUCAACUCGAUUAUGGGUGUUGCUGGUUUUGACAUUCAAUCCAUUGCUGUUCGUAUAUUUUUACAUGGAUCAUCAAUCUCGACCCUGAGGUACACAUCCUUUGCACAUUAUCCACCUACUUCGUACUACUCGGUACAGCGCCUCCCACGAUGAGGAAGAACGACAGUGUCCCUGACGCCUGGGAUGAUGAUUGGGAAUCUUUGGCGGAUCGUGCGGCUAAAGAAGCACCAUCGCCUGAACCAGAGAAGGAAGUUAAAAUGACGAAAGCAGAAAGAUUAGCUAUGCACGUCGAGGCACAGCGGAAGCUAUGGGAAGCAGCGGAAUCGGAAAAGGAGAUCAAUUUUCUCGCGGCAACCAGCUCGGUGCCUUUGACUACACCUUUCAAGCCAGCCAUGAAGGUUCUCAGCCGCAGACCGGUAAUCGCGAAAAGAGAUCCGGUAACUGGACUAGAGCGAUUAACUCUACAGGACGACGAAGACGAUGACGAGAGUAAGAACAAGAAGCAAGAGACACCAGAAGAAAUUCGGAUGCGCCAACAACGAGAACUGGAGGAGAAGCAACGGCGAUACGAUGAGGCACGGGCGAAGAUCUUUGGAGAAUCCAGUCCUUCCUCUGGUUUGUCAACACCCGGAAGCGUUACGCCGCCAAAAGAAACCGACAGGACCGACAGGGCCCGCAGCGACAGACCAAACCACAGACGGGGAAGAGGACGUGGAGACUCGCCGCCUACCGCUCAAAAUGCAAUCAACUCCCAGAGAGCUGUUCGACCCAAACUAUUCGACGAAGCCAGGCUCAACCAGCCAGAGGCGGUCGGGAGAGGACUCUCCGAACGUUAG